CAAACAAACUUUAUACAAUUAACUUUUUCUAAAACCAAUAAAUUAAAAACAAUGUGUGCUCAUAAGUAAUCAUAUUUAUAAUUUUUAGUAGUUUUUGCUGUAUCUACUUCAGUAAAGCAGGUGAAAUCAAAUGGCAGGUCACAACAAGUUUUCUAAAAUAAAAAGAAAAAAAGCACUUUUGGAUAUAAAAAGAAGUAAAAUGUUUUCCAAAAUAAUCCGUGAGAUAACAGUUGCAGCAGCUCGAGGCGGAAUCGACCCAAAAUUCAACCCGAGAUUACGACUUGCGAUCUUGUCCGGAAAAGAAGCCAACUUGCCAAAAGUCAGAAUAGACGAAGCGAUAAAGAAGGCCUCUUCCCCAACUGACACUAGUCUUUACAAGGAAGUGAAGUACGAAGGUUACGCUGCUUCCGGCGUUGCAGUCAUUGUUGAGACUCUCACGAACAACAAGAACCGAACAGUCCAAGCAAUCCGCUCGACAUUCACCAAGUACGGCGGAGCCCUGGGAGAAAACGGCUCAGUGAGUUUCAUGUUCAAAAACAUGGGACUUAUAACAUACCCGAAAGAAACUAAAAGUGCAGAUGAAAUGAUGGAUCUUGCGAUCGAAGCGGGUGCAGAGGAUUGUCAGCUUGUAGAAGAUGAACAUGAAAUAUUGUGCAACAUGGAGAACUUUCAUACGGUCAGAGAGUUUCUAGAGAAGAAUUUGGGUGAAGCGAGCAGUGCAAAGUUGAUCUGGAAACCUAAUAGCACUUUGACUUUGGACCAUGAGAAAACUACUAAAGUGCUGAAACUGUUGGACGUGUUGGAAGAUCUCGAUGAUGUUCAGAAUGUGUGGUCGAAUAUAGAUAUUCCGGAUGAUUUUAAUAUAGAUGAGAUAUAACGGU